GUCGCCCACUUCAACAACGCCGGCUCGUCGCUUCCCCCAAAGUCCGUCCUCGACGCUCAGCUCGAGUACCUCGAGCGGGAGGCCGUCGCGGGCGGGUACGAGACGGUCGAGGAGCGCGCCGUGGAUCUCCAGCGCCCUUACGUCGCCAUCGCCGCCCUGCUAAACUGCGAUCCGUCCGAGAUCGCCAUCGGUCAGAGCGCCACGUCCAUGUGGCAGGCGGCGUUUGGGUGCUUCGACUUUCGACCCGGCGAUCGCAUCCUCACCGCUCGUGCCGAGUACGCCAGUAACGCCAUCGCGUACCUCCAGGCCGCGGAGCGAACCGGCGCCGUCGUCGAGUUCGUCCCGUGCGACGAGCGCGGGCAGCUCGACGCGUUGGAGCUGGAGAGGACGAUAUUGGACGAGACCAAGGGACUGGUGCGACUGGUGUCCGUGACGCACGUGCCCACGAGCGGGGGACUGGUCAACCCGGCGUCGGCGAUCGGCGCGGUGACCUCGCGACACGGGAUCCCGUACCUGCUGGACGCGUGCCAGAGCGUGGGUCAGAUGCCGGUGGACGUGGAGGAGAUCGGGUGCGACCUGCUCGUGGGCACCGGGCGCAAGUACCUGCGCGGGCCCCGCGGGGUCGGGUUUUUGUACGCCCGGGAGGAGUUUGUCGAACGCACGAACGCGCAGCCGGCGAUGCUGGACCUGCACGGCGCCAGGUGGGACUCGAUGGGCACGUACGUCCCCGCGCCGGGAGCCAAACGGUUCGAGCAGUACGAGGUGAGCUUCGCCGCCAAGGUUGGAUUGGGGGUGGCGGCUGAGUACGCGCUCGCGGUUGGGGUGGAGGGGGCGUGGGAGCGGAUCAAGUGGCUGGCGGAGUGCGCCCGCCGGCGUUUGGAGGCGAUCGACGGGGUGACCGUGUGGGACGUCGGGGAGGAAAAGUGCGGGAUCAUAUCGUUCAGCGUGGACGGGGUGGACUCCGGGGAUGUGAGGAGGUGGCUCGGGGAGCACGGGUGCAACGUG